AUGUCUGCUCUGGUCCAUGACUCUCCUGACCGAGCCGUCACGGCCAUCGAACCUCUGACGGGAAGCGAUAACUUCGCGACCUGGAAACGUCUCAUGACCUCCUACCUCAAAGCCAGGCAGGUCUGGGAUGUCGUGUCGGGCGACCUUCAGCGUCCCGACUGUCUCUUCAAGUACGCCAAACCUAUUACGGCGGACAUCCACCCCUUGGUGGAGCCCCACCUCAAUGGGGCGGUGAGGCAGCGAGCCAUUGAAGCGCGCCUCGAAGUGGAGGUCCAGGCAUUCGAGCGCCACCGUGAAUGGUCGCGCCGCGAAGCCGAGGCCUACCACACCAUCUUCCGGUACCUGUCCCCCCACAUCAGCAUUCAUGUCGCGGGACUAGAGACGUCCCGUGACCUUUGGAAUGAACUUGAAGAACGGUACCGGCGAAUGGAACUCGCCACUUUCUGCGAACUGUUUGCUCAACUUCGCGAGACAACCGGCGAACGAUGUGCCAGUGCGCGUGAUUUUGUUGAUCGCGUACGGCUGCUUGUACAUCGAUUGAAUGCCAUUGCUCCAGGAUCAAUCGGUGACAAGACACAUAUUGCAAUUCUGCUCACGCAGAUCGGACCGGAAUACAUCCUGGUUGUGGAUGCGAUCCAGAAUGACAAGGAUCCGGUCAACCCGACCACGAUCGGAAAUCGGCUGUCCAACGCCGAGCAGACGGUCCGACGAAAGGAGUCUCCCGUGCCCCCGCAGGGAGUCCCAGGACCGUCAAUAAAUGCAGUGCAGAGAAAUCCCAAGAAAUGUACCUACUGCAGGAAGCGCGGCCAUGUGGUCGCGGAGUGCUGGAAGAAACAGCGCGAAAUUCACCCGCCUAGGGACCAUGCCCUGAAGGCUGAACGGAGUGCUUCCGGCUCACCAAGAAACAACAUGCAAAAUAUACUGUCAAGCCAGAGAGAAGAUCGGCAGGGCCCGCCGACUUCCAAGAGACCGAGGAUCAAUAUCGUGAGGGCGAGGGUGACGACCCUCUAUACCCACGCACCGCAACCCCGGUGGAUCCUGGACUCGGCCGCCACCAGCCACAUCUGCUGGGACCGGAGCUGCUUCAGCAGUCUGCGGCCCCACCGCGAGAUGCUGGACACGGCGGGCGAUCCAGUGGAAGCCGAAGGGAUUGGUACGGUGAAGCUCACGCUCCGGGGGAAGUUCAACCAACCCCUGGUGUUAAAGAAUGUAUACUUCGCGCCACGCGUCGGGAUGAACCUGAUCAGCGUGCCGAAGCUGUUGCGAGACCGCUACUCGGUGGUGGCGCACCCACAGAACGUCUUUGUGCAACGCCGAGGACGGACCGUGGGGACUGCCUACCAUGCGGAGGAGGAUCUGUUGAUCCUGCGGUGCCAUGUGAGCAGAAGAUCUCGAGAGCGAGUCCAACUGGCGAGGGCGCCGGCGACCUGUGGCCAUGCAGAUUCCCUGGAACCGCAGGCGGUGGCCAUGGACGUCGACGACCCUCAGGAGUCAAGUGACGCAGAAUGCGCAACGUCAACCUCUGAACUCGGUGGUGAAGCUGUGAUACUCGAGGAAGAUGCGUGCAAAGGAGUGGACCAGGCCUCCGAAGCGUUGUGGCACGCUCGGAUGGGACAUCUGAACCGGGGAGACUUGAGGGUGGUCCUCCGGCAGACCGGCACUCCGUACCGACCGCUAACGCAGGCGCAGCUGCUGGCAACGCCGCAGUGCCCAGCGUGUAUGUCGGGUAAGCAGCAUCAGAAGAGGAACUCCCGUGCAAGACGGCCACGUCUGCAUUCAACGAGAAUCUUUGAAAUGAUCCAUUCGGACAUCAUGGAGAUGCCGAUCGCCAAAGAUGGCUCCAGGUACGUGAUCACCUUUACUGACGAUUAUUCUCGUGGCUCGUGGGCAUAUGCCAUGAGAUGGAAGCAUGAAGCGCUCCAGAAGUUCCGACUAUUUGCGGCCUGGGUGCACCGACAGUUCGGUGCCCAGAUCAAGAGGUUCCUCACCGACAACGGGAGAGAAUACCUGCCGAUCGGAGCACACCUCGAGACCCAGGGAGUUGAGUUUGACACCUCGCCACCAUACUGCAAAGGACAGAAUGGUCUGGCCGAACGCACGAAUCGCACUAUCCGGGAGCGGAUCAACACGCUCCUGUCUGAUGCGAACCUUCCUCCUUCCUGGUGGACCGAGCUUGUGGACACGGUGGUCUAUCUGAAGUUGCGCGCGCCAGCAUCGAUUUUGCAGAAGAAGACCCCGUACGAAAUCAUUUACGGGAAGCCGCCCUCGCUGUUGCAUCUGCGACGGAUUGGCUCCCGCGCAUGGGUGUUGAUCCCGAAAGAGCAUCGAGCCAAACUUGGACCCAGAUCCUCCGAGUGCCGAUUGCUAGGUUACAGUGAACCGAACCAGUACAAGCUGUAUGAAAUUCAUUCAGGUAAGACAGUAUUUUCCCGUGAUGUCGAGUUCGAUGAGAGGACCCCAGUGGCGCCACUCAUCGAGGGGGAAACAGGCAACGACCUCCCGGACAACGCUCCUCCAUCACCUGUCUUUUCACCAGUGGUGCCACCUCCAUCUAGCGCACUGCCUACGCCACCAGCAUCGCCUCCAGGUUUGGCUGAACGACUGAAAACGCCAUCUCAGCAUGUGGAAACAUUUCCACCGGUCAAUCCAAUCGAACAGGAAGCAGAGUCCACACAGGACCUCGGCUAUUCCAUCUAUGGCCGCAGAAGAAGACCCUCACGGCGCUUACUGGAAUCACUUGGCAAAGUGUACACCGCAGGCGCACUGAAUACUGCAUCUGCGCGCACAGUCGAUCCGUCGACUUUCCACGAGGCCGUGUCGUGCCCGAAUCAACUGGAAUGGUGGGCAGCCAUCCAGAAAGAAUAUGCGUCUCUUCUCGAACACGGAACAUGGGAAAAGGUUCUACGAACAGACGUACCCGCCGGAGAUCAUGUGAUCGGCUGCAAAUGGGUCUUUAAGACCAAAACCAACGGAACGCGCAAAGCGCGACUGGUCAUCAAAGGCUACCGGCAGAAGCACGGCAUCGACUACCAUGAAACAUUUGCUGCGGUGUCACGGAUGGACUCGGUCCGCUGCAUCAUCGCCAGCGCCGUGUUACGAGGAUGGAAGCUUCACCAAUUUGAUGCGGUCACUGCAUUCUUACAUGGUGACGUUGACUCUUCCAUCUACAUGGAGUUGCCUGAAGGCUUCGAAGAACCGGGAUAUGUUUGCCGGCUUCGUCGUUCCUUGUAUGGACUCAAGCAGGCCCCGCGGAUUUGGUACCAAUGCGUCCACCGCGUUCUGGCCGCUCAUGGCUUCACCAUGGCACAAUCGGACAACUGCGUGUUCUAUAAAUCCAAUUGCGUGAUCUGCGUCUACGUCGAUGACUUUCUCGUUGCUGCAUCAACCUCGCACGAGAUAGACCAAGUGCAACGAGCACUGGAAAAAGAAUUCCGAUUGAACGACCUUGGAACUCCACGUUCGUUCCUCGGGAUCCAAUUAGACUACCAUGCCGACGGAGCCGUUUCCAUUCACCAACAACAGUACAUCCAAAAGGUUCUUUCCGACUUUGGCAUGGAAACCUGCCAGGCGAAAUCUACCCCUAUGAAUCCCAAGCAAGACUUGAAUCGCCGCCCAGACGAAGAACCUCCGGAUGAGGAAACAAAAGCACGAUACGCAACCGCCAUCGGUUCAUUGAUGUAUCUGAUGGUCGGAACGCGGCCGGACAUUGCGUUCGCGCUGGGCACGUUGAGUCGCUUCACGUCUCAGCCGCAAUCGCACCAUCAGGUUGCCCUGCAGCGAUUGCUUCGCUAUGUCAAAGCCACGCAAUGCCAUCGCAUUACAUACCGCAGUGGUCAGUUGAUCGGAUACACAGAUGCCGACUUCGGUGGCUCCGUCGUCACUGAUGGGGCAUACUCCACGUCUGGCUAUGUGUUCCAACUUGCAGGCGCACCAGUCUCCUGGUCGUCCAAGAGACAGGGGGAAGUGGCCACGUCGACGACUCAUGCCGAGUACAUUGGACAAUACAAUGCCCUUCUACAUCUGCAGUGGCUCCGCACCUUCCUAGCAGAAACGCAAAUGUACCGGUCCCCGGUCACCAACAUCAUGGCUGACAACCAGUCCGCUAUUGCCCUCUCGCGCAAUCCCGAGUUCCACAAACGGACCAAACAUUUCAACGUGAAAUUCCAUUAUCAGCGAGCAGUGCUGAAUGCUGGCGAGAUUGGUCUUCAAUAUGUUCCUACUCAGGAACAGGCCGCUGACGGUCUCACCAAGCCGUUGGGACCUACGGCUUUUGCCAAGUUCUGUAGUCUUCUAGGAAUCGAAGCCUUGGAGACUCGGAGGCAACAAACGUGA